AUGGAUGAGGAUUCCCCACAGCAGCAACAACCACCACCACCACAGCAAUCCCCUCCUCCCUCUCAUGAGCGCUCUGUAACGCCCAGCUCGACCAUUCAUGCUACUACAACAACUGCUACCACCGCCAACACCACGCCCGGGCCUCCACCUCCUCCCCCUUCGUGGCCCAUUGCCUCUGGAACGCCUGGGCAGUUCGAUUCCUCCUCCGCCUCGGGCACCUCUGGCACUCCCAAUGCGACAGCCUCAGGUUCCGUCGCCCCAGCUUCUUCCGCUGGUCCAGCGUCUUCAAAACGUCGUCGUGGCCUGGGCGUCGUCACCCCCAACGCUUGUACCGAGUGUCGCAAGAAGCGGGCCAAGUGCGAUGGUGUCAGACCCUGCGCCAGGUGCAAGGCCCAGAAGGAUGUGGAGUGUAUCUACGAGAUCCCCGUACGCCAGUCGAAAGAGAACCUCCGCACCGAGAUCGAACACCUCCGCCGCCAGCAGCGCUCGAACGAGUCCGUCCUAUCUGCCCUCGCCCGCCAUGACCAGUGGGAGGAAGUUGUGCGCCGCCUGCGCGCCGGCCAGAGCGUCGAGGCCAUAUCAGAAUGGCUCAGCAGCAGCCACCACCAAUCGCCCGUCGUCAGCCCCAUGAUGCACACCUUUAGCGGCCAUCCCUCGGCUGCUGCGAUGGGAGGAGCCAACUUCACCCCCAUGGCCGCCUUCACCGGCGUGAGUACGAACUCGCCAGAAAUCGAUCCGAAUAGCCCUUGGGGCUCCCAUUCCCACUUCUCGGCGACCAGCCAGGCACAGUCCGGCAGGAGCAACUCACACCCCGACGUCUCGAGCUGGCCGCUGCCCGGGCAUCAGCCGCAGACAAGGGUCGGCCGUUGGGUGGAGGACAAUAGCCGUGCGCAGAUACACGAGGGAGAAGGGGCGAGCUAUCGGGGCCCGGAACGCCCCAUGGCCUCCGACAUACCAGAGAUGCAUAUCCCAGCCACAACCUGGACCGGCAUCACCUCUGACAAGGCGCUCGUGCAGCACCUGCUGAUGCUGUACUUUUGCUGGGAGUACCCGACUUUUGCUUCCCUGAGCAAGGAACACUUCCUCAAGGACUUCCAGGCCGGCCGUCAACGCUUCUGCUCCCCGAUGCUCGUCAACGCCCUGCUGGCCCUGGGCUGUCGGUUCUCGCGCCAGCCCAGCACCCUGGCCAACCCAGACGACCCGUAUUCGUCAGGGGACCACUUCUUCACCGAGUGCCAGCGGCUGUACCACCAGGAAGAAGACCAUCACAGCCUCACCACCAUACAGGCACUGGGGAUUAUGUCGAUCCGGGAGGCCAGCUGUGGUAGGGACUCGGAAAGCUGGUACUACGCCGGCCAGAGCAUCCGUCUGGCUAUCGAGAUGGGCCUGCACCAUGUGAGCAACGCAUCCGGUGAUCCCGACGAGGUCGCAGUACAGGCUGCUACUUUCUGGGGUGCCUUCUCCCUGGACCACGCUUGGUCUCUGGCCACCGGUUCUCUUCCGCAAUGUUCAUGUUAUCCGUCCUUACCGCCGAAGCCUACCAUCAUAGGGGACAUUGAGGCCUCGGUCUGGAUACCAUACACUGACGACGGCGUGCCUCUACAGCGCUCCUGUGAGCAGCCGUCUAACGUUCGCUCUGUCUACAACCGCGACCUUCUAAACAUCUACACCCAGUUUCUGAACUGGUAUGACAGGAUACCCGAGGUACUCCGGCUGGGACACAACUUCACCCCAGCCGUCCUCUUCGCCCACAUGUACUACCAUUUUGCUAUACUACUUCUCUUCCGACCGUUUAUAAAGCUCCGGAUCAUUGGCUCGAGCAUCUCCCCACGGGACGUCUGCUGCCAGGCGGCGGAUGCCAUCCAGGGGCUCCUUCGUUCCUACUCCCAACUCUACACCCUACGGCGGACUCCAUCGUUUGUGCCAUACUUUGUUCUCACGUCUUCCAUCAUGCACCUAGCGAUCGCCGCGGCCGACGCAGCACGAGGACUGCGCGCCAAGCCGCAGGUGGACUCGCAGCUCGGCACACCCUCCUCCGAGGAGAUCGGCGAGCGGGUGACCAAGGCCAUCAACCAGGGCAUCGCCGACCUGACGGAAAUGGCACCAUGCCACCACUUCGCAGAACAGGCCCUCAACAUCCUGCGCUACCUCGCCAAGAAGUGGAACAUCGAGAUCGAUCAGCUUGGGAGCAGGAUGAAGAAUCCAGAGUACGGCACGCGGCCCGUGACGCACAGCCUGAACUUCUUCACGCCUAACGUGCGUGAGCAGGAUUACGUCUCGACCUUUGGCACUGGCAGCAGCAGCAACGGGCCUCCUCCGCCGCCGCCACCACCACCGUUGUCGGAGCCUACUGUACAGUCGAUGAAUCCGACGGUCACCACCAAAGUCGGGGAUUCUAUGGAGAACCCACUGUUUUGGCCGUUUCCGAUGCAGGGACGGCCCAUGCUUCCCAGCGGGGACAUGUUGAGGGAGGCUGGCUUCGAGUUACUGUACUAGGCAAAGCGAGACAGUGAACGUUGAAAAAGCACGACUAGGAGCAGAUAGGAUUUAUACCCUGGAUGACUGAUCAUACGCUGAGCGUAUGUCUUGGACGCAUCCAUGAAUGAUGGGAGAUGUUGACGGUUUGGUUCGAGUGAGCCAUUUUUCAGCAGUCGGAAAGCUGAUGCGCUUUGGUGACGGAUUUCAACCAGGCGUUCGGUUGGCAGGCAUGGCCAUUGACCAUUUUGGCAUUAUGGUAAGAAGAGUCGCUACAAGGAGAAAAGUAGAGACAAGAAGAGGAGAUAGAUGUUCUCCCCGAGCAACACACGACAGUACUUAAUGUCUGUUAUGCUUUGGCACAUAUUGUCUGAUACCCAAGCCAUAAUGUGCAAAACACAUAUGAUAAUCACUACU